AUGUUGGCCAGAAUUCAGCACUGGACUGCUAAGUUGCUAUCUUAUGCAGGAAGACUACAACUUGUGCAAAGUAUCCUUUUCUCCAUUGCAAAUUAUUGGCUUCAUAUUUUCCCUUUUCCUAAGAGAGUGCUUAAUCACGUGGAAAGCCUUUGUAGAAAUUUCCUUUGGUCUAGGCAAGAGAAUUAUAGCAGAAGGAUCCCUAUUUCUUGGGAGACCACUUGCAACCCCGUGAAUGCUGGAGGGAUGAAUCUCAUAUCUCUCAAGGAGUGGAACAAAGCUACUAUGGGGAAAUUGCUAUGGAACAUCAAUGAGAAAAAGAUAGGCUUUGGAUAA